GGAUCAUACAAUAUAAGGUGUUCGAUGCCAAACAGUCAUGCUUCAAAUACAAGCUUUUCUUCGUUAUCGGUGGUCAUCCCCCAAGCAGCACAUUGUUCAUUAAUUCUAGCACACCCUACACAAUGAAUGCCACCACUUUGGAACCAAUGCGGAAUAACUCAAGUUUGAGCAAACGUCUAGAGAAAUGCCAAGAACCAUCUGUAGCCACCAGUGACACAAUUGCGGAUUUCGAUACUGCCCCAGAUGGUGGAGUUCAGGCAUGGCUGGUUGCAGCUGGUGGUUCGAGUAUUUUCUUCUCCUGUUUGGGGUUUGCCAAUGCAUUCGGAACUUUCCAACAGUAUUACAAGUCACAUCAACUCAGUGAGCGAUCAGAAGACCAGAUUGCUUGGAUAGGGUCAUUGUCUCUGUUCUUGACCUUUCUAGUCGGAGCGAUCGGUGGCCCACUGUUCGAUCGAUAUGGCGCCUGGAUGAUGCGACCAGCCGCUGUUCUAUACAUUCUUGCUGUCAUGAUGACAAGUCUGUGUACAAAGUACUGGCAUUUUAUGCUUGCUCAGGGGAUUCUACCGGGUAUCUGCUCUGGUCUACUCCAGUUCCCGGCCAUGACGGCCGUGUCUCACUGGUUUGACAAGAAGAGAGCCGCAGCACUUGGUGUAGUAGUGGCAGGCUCUUCUCUUGGUGGUGUUGUCGUCCCGAUUGCUUUGUCCAAGAUGCUCAACGGCUCAUCUUUGGGAUUCGCAUGGUCCGUUAGAAUCAUCGGAUUCCUUAUAAUGCCCUUCCUCUUAUUUUCUUGCUUCGCUGUGAAGCCUCGCCUUCCACCACGUCGGACAAACUUCUUCAUUGGCGGAGCGUUCAAGGACAAGGCGUAUACCCUCCUCAUCGUAUCCAUGUUUUUCAUGUUCCUCGGCAUGUUCACUCCCCUGUUCUUCAUUCCAACAUACGCUGUCUCGAGAGGGAUCGAUCCAACAUUGGCGUCAUAUCUGCUUGCUAUCCUGAACGGUGCCUCGACCUUUGGACGCAUCAUACCAGGAGUUCUCGCGGAUGUUUAUGGCCGACUGAACAUGUUUGCUUUCGCCGGUCUCAGCACAGGAAUUGUGGUUCUCUGCAUGACUGCUGCUAGGAGCACACCUGGACUUGUUGUUUAUGCUAUUAUAUUUGGUUUUACUUCUGGUGCGAUCAUCUCCGGAGCUUCAGCCGCAUUUUCGGUCACCGUCAAGGAUAUUCGCAAAAUGGGCACGUACAUGGGAAUGGGGAUGGGUGUUGCUUCUUUGGCUGCCCUGAUGGGACCUCCGGUAAAUGGCGCUAUCGUCCAUAAGUACGGGGGAUUCCUGGAGGUAACAAUCUUCAGUGGUAUCAUGAGCCUGGUUGGAGGAAUAGCAGCGCUUGGGGCCAAAGCUGCCACACCGAAAGGUAUUCUUGGUAACAUAUAG